CGGUAUCACGUGUCUUGAACAAAGCCUCGGGCUUUGGGAUGCGCCCACCGUGGGAGCUUUGCUGCCGACUCUAUACCUCUUUCCCAGACCCCGAGAAACAGCGACUGUGUGAGGGAACCCUCUUGUUUUUUUGCGACCCCUCUGACACCGGCUACUGUAUUUUUAUUGCCAUCCCUUCGAAAAUGCCUGUUGUUGCUGGUCCUCCCCAGGGGCAUGGCCCCUCGACCUUCGAGAAGAGUACGUUUGGCCCUCAGUAUAAUCCGUGCGGGACAUCGUUGCCCAACAGAGCAGAGGUCGUCUCAAGGUGUCAAUGCAAAUAAACUAACUGGCUCUACAGUGCGGAUGGGUGCCAUGAUGGGAUCCAGUAUGUCCACCUAAC